GCAUUGUGUAUCACCAUGCUGGGUUUGGGCUGCACAGUUGAAGUCAGUCAGAUUGGGGAACACCUUAGGAGACCAAUUGGUGUUCUUCUGGCUCUAAUAUGCCAAUUUGUCCUAAUGCCAAUGGUAGCUUUCCUUAUGGCAUUAAUCUUCUCCCUUAAUGAAGUGGCCGCUAUCGCCGUACUGCUGUGUGGUUGCUGUCCUGGUGGAAACCUCUCUAAUAUCAUGUCACUUCUGGUGAAUGGAGAUAUGAACCUAAGCAUCAUCAUGACCACGUCUUCCACAUUGCUUGCACUACUGUUGAUGCCCCUUUGCCUGUGGAUAUACAGCCGGCCCUGGAUUAACACUACACUGGUGCAGUUUCUGCCACUUGGGGCAGUCACUCUUAUGCUUUGCAGUACUCUUCUCCCCAUUGGUUUGGGUGUCUUCAUACGUUACCGGUACAACAGAAUUGCAGACAUCCUGCUUAAGGUUUCUUUGUGGUCUCUGCUAGUGACUGUUCUCAUCCUCUUCAUUCUAACCGGAGCAAUGCUGGGGCCUGAGCUAUUGGCAACCAUCCCUCCCUCGGUGUAUAUUGUGGCCCUGCUGAUGCCUAUGAUUGGUUAUGCCUUAGGAUAUGGCCUUGCAACAUUGUUCAAACUGUCACCAAACUGCAGGAGAACAGUAUCUUUGGAAACCGGAUGCCAAAAUGUCCAGCUCUGCACCGCUCUCCUGAAACUUGUCUUCCCAGCUCACUUAAUUGGGAGCAUGUAUAUGUUCCCCUUACUGUAUGCAAUGUUCCAGGCCGCAGAAGCAGGGAUUUAUGUGCUAUUAUACAAAUACUACAGGAAAGAAGUUCUUCAGAAAUCAGAGCCCCUCGAUGAAGAUGACGACACAGAUAUAUCUUACCGGAAACUUAAGGAGGAAGAAAUUAAUGAAGUAACUUAUGGCACAGUAGCCAAUGAAGAUCAAAAUACUGUAUCAAUGGAGCCAUCCCAAGGAAUGCAUUAAGGGACUAAUAAUAUUUACCCUUAUCUGGGACAAGUUUAUAUUAUUAUUUAUUUUUGAACUGAUAGAAAUUGUGUUUAAAAAAUCUGUGUAUAUAUUUACCCAGAAUGAAAUGAAUUAAAUUCAGCUGGACAACAGAAAUGAACCUGACAAAUCCCAUUUUCCUUUUAUGGUAACAUAUUUUUAUUUAAUAGGCGCAUUCAUUUACAAACGUACUUGUACAAGUGUUGCUUCGCUAUAAAGAUCUCUGUGAUCAUUAAUACCAGGGGCGCGAUCCGAUAUACGGCGUAGGUUUCGGCGCAAGCGUGGAAACCUGCUUCGCCCGUAAUUUCACCUUGCACAUCGGGGUAUUACAUAUAUUUCGCCGGCAUUUCCUAAGUGCUGUAAGUUGGAUAAACUAGCGAUGUCCAGAAUUAAGUGUAAAUACAAAUUUCUGGAGUCACCAGUGACUUACGGCACUUUAGAAACUGCCGGCGCCUAAGAAAAGUAACAAAAAUUUUAAAUCUCCCGUAACUGUCUAGCACGCCUCCCAAAAAUAAGCCCGACACGUAUACCCCUAUAUCCGCAAUCCCCCCUCUCACUCCUAAUAAUAAAUGUAUUAACCCCUAGACCGACAACCCCCCACAACGCAAUAAGCCUAAUUAUUAACCCCUAAACCGCCAUAGCCCACACCGCAAUAAACCUAUAUUAUACUAUAGUUUAUUUUAUUUUAUUGUAUUUAAUUUUAGCUAAUUGUAGUUAAUUUAUUUAAUUAAUUUAAUGAUAGUGUAGUGUUAGGUGUAAUUGUAACUUAGGUUAGAUUU